AUGGACUUGCACAUUAAAUCAGACCCUCAACAGGAGGCCCACGAGUCAGCACCCUCAACCAAGUCUUUCCAACACAGUCCCGAAGCCACGGGCACAGAACUUGAACGAGCUCUCCAUGGCCGCCAUCUCCAGUUCAUCGCCAUAGGCGCUGCCGUCGGCACCGGUCUUUUCAUCGGAACAGGAAACGCCCUGGCGACGGCUGGUCCUGUAUCGCUUCUCAUUGCCUUUAUCUUUGUUGGAACGCUCUUGUUCUCAGUUAUGACAGCGCUUGGCGAAAUGGCAGCAUAUAUCCCUGUCGCGGGCGCCUUUACUACAUACGCGACGCGCUUCCUCGACCCCACGUUUGGCUUCGCUAUGGGCUGGAUUUACUGGUUCAGCUGGUCAAUCACUUUUGCUCUUGAAUUAACAGCGGCUGGCUUGAUCAUCCAAUAUUGGGAGAAGGACCUUAGUAUCGGAAUUUGGAUUACUGUGUUUUGGUUUCUCUUCACAGCAGCCAAUUUCAUGCCUGUCCGCUGGUUUGGAGAAUUCGAGAUGUGGUUCUCGAGCAUCAAAGUCAUCACGAUCAUCGGUUUUAUCAUAUUUUCGAUAUGUGUCAACGCAGGUGUCGGAGACCAAGGAUAUAUCGGGUUCAAAUACUGGAAAGACCCUGGUGCGUUCAAUGAGCACAUCGUCGAGGGCGACAUUGGACGAUUUGUUGGAUUCUGGUCUGUUUUGAUCACCGCAGGCUUCAGCUAUCAGGGGUCUGAGUUGGUGGCUAUCGGAGCAGGCGAAACGAAAGAUCCCCGGAAGACUAUUCCCUCGGCAAUGCGCUGGACCUUUUGGGGAGUAUUUUCAAUAUUUAUCGCCACAGUCUUCUUCCUUGGUCUGAAUAUUCCCUCAACCGAGAAAGGCCUCCUCAGUGGAUCGCAUGACGCCUCAGCAUCCCCUCUUGUCAUCGUCACCCAGCUGGCCGGAGUACCAAUUCUUCCAUCAAUUCUCAACGCAGUGCUAUUGACUGCUGUUUUGACUGCAGCCAACUCGGAUGUGUAUUCCAGCAGCCGAAUCCUCAUCUCGCUUGCCGACUCGGGCCAUGCACCUAAGUUUUUGAAGAAAACAAAUCGGUUUGGAACGCCAUACAAUGCUGUCGGUGUCUGUGCAGCUGUUGGGUUCUUGUCAUUCCUCAACCUGUCAAACAAUGGCACUGUUGUGUUCAACUGGUUCCUGAGCAUUACCUCUGUUGCAGGGUUUAUUGCCUGGGCUAUCAUUUCCCUCUGUCAUAUCCGGUUUAUGAAGGCUCUUUCGCUUCAAGGCAUACCUCGUACUGGCCUACCCUAUGUCGCUCCUUUGCAGCCAUAUCUAUCUUGGUAUGGCUUGUUCUUCAGUACUUUGAUCAUAAUCACUAGCGGGUUUGAGGUAUUCAUUGAAUGGGAUACCAGCAAGUUCUUCACCAACUAUAUUAGCUUGAUUUUAUUCCUCGUUAUGGUUAUUGGUCACAAGUUGAUUUUCAGAACCAAGACGGUGCCGUUAAGCGAGAUGGAUCUCAUUACUGGAAGCGAACUAUAA